AUGUGCUCUCUCAGCGCAGCCAAUGCCAAGUUCUGUCUUGACUUUUUCAGAGAGCUGAGCAAAAUAAAAAAAAAUGAAAACAUCUUCUUCUCCCCGCUAAGUCUCUCAGCUGCCUUUGGGAUGGUCGUCCUCGGAGCCAGGGGCAACACACUAAAACAGAUUGAGAAGUGCGAAGAAGCUGGAGGAGUCCAUUCCCAGUUCCAGGCUCUGUUAGCUGCAGUCAGUGAACCCAGACCAGGCUGCUCUCUCACCAUUGCCAACAGGCUCUUUGGAGAAAUUACAUAUCCCUUCUUCCAGCAAUACCUGGAUUCCACAAAGAAAUUCUAUCGAGCAGAACUGGAAGCAGUCAAUUUUAAAUACACUGAAGAAGAAGCCAGAGAUAAGAUUAACUUCUGGGUGGAAAAUGAGACAAAAGGUAAAGUCAAAGACCUAUUUGGUACUGGGUUCAUUGAUCCCUCCACUGUACUUGUCCUGGUCAAUGCUAUAUAUUUUAAAGGAAAGUGGGCAGUAGAAUUUAAGAAAGAAGACACUAAAGAAACAUAUUUCCGACUGAACAAGAAUGAGAAAAGGACAGUGCAGAUGAUGUUUCAAGAAGGUUAUUUUAACAUGGCCUUCAUAGAGGAAAUGAAAAUGAAAGUGAUAGAACUCCCAUACUUUAAGAAUGAACUGAGCAUGUUUAUUCUUCUUCCUGAAGUUGUCUGUGAGGACUUUACUGGCCUAGAACAGCUUGAAUGCACCCUCACAUAUGAAAGACUAGCAGGAUGGACCAGCUCGGCUAGAAUGCAACAGCUGAGAGUGAACGUGUACCUGCCCCAGUUCAAGAUGGAGGAAAGUUACGUUCUCAACAAAACUCUCCAGGAGAUGGGAGUGAUGAAUGUUUUUGACUGGGGGAAAGCUGAUUUGUCAGGAAUCUCUAGGAAAGAUGGUUUAGUUGUGUCCAAGGCCAUCCAGAAGUCAUUCGUGGAAGUCAACGAAGAGGGCACUGAAGCAGCUGGUGCCAUGGGACUUGCUGCAGUACCUCUGUGUCACCCAGUUUCUUAUGAGUUUAAAGCUGACCACCCAUUCCUCUUCUUCAUCAGACACAAUCCAACCAACACCAUUCUCUUCUUUGGAAGAUAUUCCUCCCCUUAA